AUGUCUGUCAAGGAUGCUGUCUCGAAGGGCCAUGCCUAUCGUCGGCUGUCCAACGAGUCUGCCAAACGGGCAGACUUGUUUGGCGGACCGAAUGUGGUUAUGCCACCCAAGCACUUGAUGGCUUCGUCCGACGCCGCGGACUUUCCCGUUGAGAUGGAAAGAGCAAAGGAGCGCCUGGACAGUGAUACGUCCGUCUCUUCAGACGAGAACUCUCCCCAGGCUGCCUCGCCAGCUACGUCGCCCUUCAUCCCUGCGGCCAGUGACAGAGUCACGACGGAUGAGUUUGCUCUGGCGUUCGACAUCGAUGGUGUCCUCUUGCGAGGAGGGAAACCGAUACCCGCCGCCGUUGAGGCUAUGAAGUAUAUCAACGGGGAGAACCCAUAUGGCGUCAAAGUUCCUUACAUCUUCGUUACGAACGGUGGUGGGAAGACUGAGGAAGAAAGAUGCUUAGAUCUCAGCCGUCAGCUUGAGCUUGAGGUCUCCCCUGGCCAGUUUAUCUGCGGCCACACCCCGAUGCGGGAAAUGGCGGAAAAAUACGACACUGUUCUCGUCGUCGGUGGCGAGGGCGAGAAGUGCCGAAUUGUUGCCGAGGGUUAUGGCUUCAAGAAUGUUAUCACCCCCGGCGACUUCAUCAAGACGAAACAGGACACCACUCCGUUCCGGAAACUGACCGAGGAGGAGUUCAACAACUCCAAGUACCUUGAUCUUGAGAACCUCUGCAUCGAUGCCAUCUUCGUCUUUGCCGACAGCCGUGACUGGGCUGGUGACCAACAAAUCAUUCUUGAUUGCCUGAUGACAAAGGGUGGCAACCUACAGGAACGGUCCAAGACCUUCAACGAGGGUCCACCCGUUUUCUUUUCCCACAAUGACGUUGUCUGGUCCACUUCCCAUGAGCACUCUCGCCUCGGUAUGGGUGCUCUCCGCACUUCUCUUGAGGCGAUGUACCACGCAGUGACCGGAAAAGAACUGAACACGAUUGCCUUCGGUAAACCACAACUCGGUACAUAUGAAUUCGCUAUGCGACUUCUCCGCCAGUGGCGAAAGGAUACCCACGGCAUCAACAAGCCUCCAAGCACCGUCUACUUCGUCGGAGAUACUCCCGAGUCGGACAUUUGUGGCACGAAUAGUUUCAACGAGGUCAGCGACUCGCACUGGUUCUCCAUCCUCGUCAAGACUGGUGUCUACCAGGAGGGCACCAUUCCUCGCUAUGCGGCAAAGAAGACGUGCGAGACUGUCCUCGACGCUGUCAAGUUCGCUGUUAACCGGGAGCUCGGUAUGACCUCGAAUGGUAACACGCAGCCUGUCGCCAAUGGAGACGCCCGUAACUGA